GUUUCAAAAAGGGCAGUGACUUUCAUACUUGUUGUGAUUAUCGUUGCUUUUGUGUAUUUGCUGUAUCAAAAGCAUUCUUGGUCUACUUUAACUUGAAUUAAUCCAGUUCUUGCCUGGAGGUAUUGGUUAUCCACUGCUAACAGACACGGAAGCCCGUUAAGCGAAAGCUUCUUCUAUUCCGUCCUCAACCAUUUGAAUCUUCAAACCUUGUGUCUGGUCAUCAAUAAAAUUGAAAUUCAUAUCAUUGUUCUGGUGUAUGUUCAUGCUUCCUUUUUGUCGUACUUGAUUUUUAAAGUCUGAAUCACGUUCAGCACGAAAAUGAGUGUAUACGGCAUUUACGUGAUUAGUGAAUCGGGUUCGCUACAGUUUUAUUAUGACCAUUCUGACGUUAACGUCGAAGUAGAAAAGAGAUACGAUUUUCCACUCCCGUUCCAUUUCAAAGUUGUGGAUGGCCGUAUUGUUGUGGAUUUUGGUGCAUGUGACGAUGUAAAAAUAGGGUACACUGUAAUAUCUGUUGACGGCAUUACAGCUAAAGGGACAUCUCUGGAAGAUAACAGGGAUAUUUUGAAAGUUUUUUCAGAUAAGGACAACUUUCCACUGACUAUUAAACUUGGAAGACCUCGACUACGUCCAAAUGACCGAAUUCACCUUGCUAGUAUGUUCCAUCCGUUACACUCAAUGGCUCGACUUCUUUCCCCAAUUCCGGAUUCCAGCUUCAGCUUUAUUUCUCCGGCUAAUGAUAAGAAGGCCCCACGAGUUUGGAAUUCUGGUAUCCAAACUUUGGAAACGGAAUGUUGCCGUGUUCAUUGUUUCGAAACCCAUACCGGUGUUAAAUUCCUACUUGUUACUGAUGUUAAAUUACCAAUGGCUUCUCGCGAGGCUCUCCGCAGGGUGUACGAGGCUUAUACAGAUUUUGUGUUGAAAAAUCCUUUUUAUGCUCGGAACCAACCUUUUAAUUACGAAUUCUUCGCUAAUCAAAUAAAAACCAUAUGUGACCAAGUGGAAAAGGGAAUGUAUGUAAUUAACUAAUAUUUUAUUCCUUUACUGACUUUUAUUGAUUACUUGCAUUCCACCAAACAUAUCAUGUAGCUAUCUUUUAUUUUUGUUCUGACUUAUUACCAAGCCAUUGCUCAUUACGAUUCUUUUACAUUUUUCCUACCCAUUACCUACCUCAAUGUUGUACGCUAACUAGCGUAGUAGUGUGUUGGAAAAAGGUUACUGGCAGUUGAAUCAAUAUAUUGCUCAUAAUGUGUGAUCAUUAGUCCAACACGUGCAGGCUUUUUUGGUUUCGGCACUCAAGAUAAUUGUAAUCGAUUAUUUAUGAGUAUAAGAUGAUAUGCCUCAAAAUAGGUAACAGUGAUCUUCAUGUAUUCACUUUCGUCUUCCUUUUAGUAAUAUACACAGGAUUAUCCCUAAUUGUUCACUUCAGUAGAUUCUCUUGACUUCCUCUGUAAGUUUUCUACAACUGUUGAUUUCUAUCUCGUUAACAUCCCAGUACUCAUGUGAAGUAAACCAGUUUAAAAUGACAUAUUUCCCCUAGGUCCUACAGUGUUUAUAUACUUCUUUCAGCACUUCCUCCAAAAAUAUGUAUCAUAUCACAUUAUACAUACCAAUAAACUGUUAUUUGUUUUA